AUGAUGCCUCACCCCUCGGCCCCUACCCUCACCCCUCGGCCCCUAUCCUCACCCCUCGCCCCCUAUCCUCACCCCUCGGCCCCUAUCCUCACCCCUCGCCCCCUAUCCUCACCCCCUCCGCCCUAUCCUCACCCCUCGGCCUCUAUCCUCACCCCUCGCCCCUAUCCUCACCCUCGCCCCUAUCCUCACCCCUCGGCCCCUAUCCUGACCCCUCGGCACCUAUCCUCACCCCUCCUCCCCUAUCCUCACCCCUCCGCCCCUAUCCUCACCCAACCGCCCCUAGCCUCACCCCUCGGCCCCUAUCCUCGCCCCUCGGCCCCUAUCCUCACCCCUCGGCCCCUAUCCUGUGACCUCGGCCCCUAUCCUCACCCCUCGUCCCCUAUCCUCCUCACCCUCGGCCCCUAUCCUGACCCCUCGGCCCCUAUCCUGACCCCUCGGCCCCUACCCUCACCCUCGCCUCACCCUCGGCCCCUAGCCUCACCCUCGGCCCCUAUCCUCACCCCUCGCCCCUAUCCUGACCCCUCGGCCCCUAGCCUCACCCUCGGCCCCUAUCCUCACCCCUCGGCCCCUAUCCUCACCCCUCGGCCCCUAGCCUCACCCCUCGGCCCCUAUCCUCACCCCUCGGCCCCUAGCCUCACCCUCGGCCCCUAG